AUGACCGAGACGACGACUACGACGCCGACCGACCCGAUCGCGGAGCUCUUGACUCGCGAGCGUUCGUGCAUCUUUGAGACGCGCGUCGAGAUGGCUGCCGAGUGCAAGGAGGCCGGCGCGACGUCGCAAAAAACCGGCGAUUACGCGGCGGCGGUCCGUUGCUAUGAGCGCGCGCUCUUCCACGUCGAGUUUGAUGAAGGCACGUGGGCCUUUGAGCUUUUGGACAAGCACCGUGACGCUGUCAACGUCGUGCGGCUUCCGGUGUAUCUCAACCUCGCAGCGUGCUACCUCCAUGAGACGCUACUCGACCCGGCCAAGGUCCACGAGCACUGCGACCUCGCGCUGGCCAUUGAUGCAGACAGCGUCAAGGCCUUGUACCGAAAAGGCCAAGCCUUUCUCCACAACAACGACAGCGACGGCGCCGCCAAGGUGCUUGCCAAGGCGGCGCGGCUCCAGCCCAACGACAAGGCGAUCCGCGCGGCGCUUGCGCAAUGCAAAGAAAAACAGGCGCUGGCCCGCGACCAAGACAAGAAGCGCUGGGGCGGCCACUUGCUCGCGGCCAAAGACGUCCCGCCGGCCGCCGACACUGCCCCACCGGCGGCUGCUUGGCCUCUGUGGAUGCUCUUGCCCUCGCUCGUCGUGCUUGUUGCUGCGGUGCUGUACGCUGUUUAUGCGUACUAGGCUGCGGAGGAAUAAAGCAUUUUAUACACAAGGCAAAGCUAGUUGUACUCGUACACCUUGACCUUGUUGAGGUACUUGUCGUC